AUGACCUUCACCUCUUCUCUUAUAUUUCUGAAUUAUAUUGUUAUUGAGAUUAUUGUUAUUGAGAUUAUUGUUAUUAAGAUUAUUGUUAUCAAGACUACUGUUAUUAAGAUUAUUGUUAUCAAGACUACUGUUAUUAAGAUUAUUGUUAUCAAGACUAUUGUUAUCAAGGUUAUUGUUAUCAAGACUACUGUUAUCAAGACUAUUGUUAUCAACACUACUGUUAUCAAGACUAUUGUUAUCAACACUACUGUUAUCAACACUAUUCUUGUUGUCUCUAUCAUAUCAACUACUCUCUACUAA